AUGGAAGUGCAAAUGGAAGAUGAUGACGAUGUAGAGGAUGGCGAUGAAGGGGUAUUGAAAUGGAUGAGAUUAUACGGCAACGGAAAACCUGGGCAAUAG